AUGCCCACCAUCAAUAUCCCCGCCGGCAGUAGCACGCAGUUGGAGCUACGUCCUGCACAUCACUAUCACCUGCGAUCCUUUGCUGUCCAUGCAUACUUGGGCAUUGCUGUCACUCUGGUUAUCGUCACCAUUUGGCGCUUCAAACCCCGACGGAGAUCAUCAACAAUCAGUUCGGCGAAUUACAGGAGCCAGUCGGACGUCAAGGACAUCAAGGGAUCAUUUGGCCCUGCAAAGCCUGUUAGGUCAGAAAUCGCAGAAGUAUCAAAGCCAGAGUGUGGUCUAUACCAAGUGCUUGCCACGCCGCCCUCGGUCAGCUAUCCGCCACACUCACUUUCAAGUACAUGCACCAAAGGCCCGGGAACGUUUGGAGAUCAACAGGCGAUGGAUGGCCAUGACAAAGGUCGACUCAGCGAUUCAAGUGAUCCCGAAUCAGCUUCAUCACGUGCUGUCAGCAAGAAGCCCAAGUCCGCCUCGACUUCGAGACAUGAGGCAUAUCUCUGGCCGCAAGCGAAUUACUCCGCCUCGAUGACAUGGAGCUCAACCCCAGAUCAGCUUCGGAAACAUACACCUUCCCCUAAGACGCCGGCUAGUAUCGAUGGGACCGCCAACCCAAGUUCAAGAAAGGGGGAAAAGGGAUGGGGUAAAGGACGGCUGCAUGCACCACAUCAGAUGGAUGGGAUUGGUGCAUCAUCCAUGGGGUCAUUGAGCUAUGACGACCUUCAGACGCAGGAUAAUCGGUCGCGUGUUCUCUCCCUUGGGGAGCCCAGACUGCACUUUACAAGGCCACCACCUCCACCACCUCCACCACCUCUGACACCGCCAUCUCUCGACAAGACGGCGUUCGCCUUACAAGAUCGCGGGCCCGCACCUUCUGCGUCAAUAUCAGCAGGGUCGAGUAUAAGCUUCACUCAUCAGCCUAAUCCCGACUAUAUCGGUCACACCUCGUCGGCUGAUAUCCUCAGCUCGAGUCCUGCCGAGGUGACGGCGGUACCGCGGCGAAGAUCAUACACGAAGAGCGUGCCUAUUCGCAUACCUACGCCCAGCGGCAACUCGUCUUCAUCAAGUGGAAUUACCUUCACGCCGCCGUCAGCAGUUUCUUCAUCUAGCUGUGCCCCAUCAUCGCCAGUGCUCCCGCCACCUCCGCCGGUUCCCCAAGGUUACCAGUUUGUUGGAGGACAUAUGGGACAUCGCCCGUCCGUCGCCGAUCAACAUCACGCGGAAAUCAAAGUCUAUGCUGAAAUUAUAUCCGUCACGGAUGCUGAGGGUGAUGGUUGGCGACGACACACCCAAGUGUAUGGUGGUGGUGUCUGCCUCGCAUGUCUUGCCAAUGGAGGCGGGACUUAUGGCCCUAAUGUGCCUCUCGAGGAUCGACGGUAUUAG